GCGACACGCCCAUGGGCCAAUCCCGGCACGAUGUCCCAAAAUUCGCGUCAAGAAAUCGAAGGAGAGGCCGCCGGGCGCUGGGAAUGCCGCAGACCUGGAACACAUGCGGCGAACGUACGCCAUAAAAGUCCACCCACGCACCGAGCAAUUCCCGAGCAACCCUCAGCCUCCCAACUCCAGUCUGAGCGGGCCCGGCAGCUACGAUGGCCGUCCUCCUCAGUGCACGGCUCGCGGCCCUCGCGGCUUUCCUCGUCGUCGCUGUCUCGGGUCAGUCCCCUGUCGCCAUCUCUAGCGCCGUCGCAUCCUCUGCUAUAGCAUCCUCAGCAGCCGCCUCUUCUGCGGCAGCAUCCAGCGUUGCUAUCUCAUCCGUCGCGGUGUCCUCUGCGGCAGCUGCCUCCAGUGCUGCGUCCUCCGCUGCGGUCUCCAGUGCCGCAUCGUCUGCAGCUGCAUCGAGUGCCGUGUCAAGCGCAGCAGCGACCAGUGUCGUGUCUUCCGCUGCUGCGGCCUCCUCAAGCGGUGAUGUCGGUGAAGUCUCUGGCGUGUCGUACACCGUACAGGAUACGUACACCAUCUACGGCAUUCCCGCCCCGACCGACCCUGCGUCUGUCGCAACGUCGCCCACGGCGGGCGGCGAACCGCCCUACUGGACUGGUCUUGGCACUGAAGUCGGCUGGCAGACGCUCUCCAUCUCGUCGUACGCGUUCACGUCCUACCCGAUCGCGUCCUCAACACCUGUGCCGCCGGUAUUCCCUGCGCUCUCCCCGUUGUACCCACCCGCGGUCGACAAUGCCGGCCCGCAGAUUAUCCCCGAUUUCUCCGCCGCAUGGGACGCCGCUUUCGCGCGCGCACAGGCAUUUGUGAGCACACUCACGCUCGAGCAGAAGGUCAACGUCAGCACGGGUAUCGGCUGGGAGAAGGGUCUCUGUGUCGGCAACAUCGGCCAGGUGGGUGACUGGCCCGGACUUUGCUUGGAGGACUCGCCGCUCGGCAUACGCUACACGGAUUUCAACACGGUCUUCCCGGCUGGUAUCUCGACUGCAGCGACAUGGAACCGCACGGCAAUACGUAUCCGUGGCCAGCAGAUGGGUGAGGAGUUCCGCGGAAAGGGCGCCCAUGUGCAGCUUGGUCCUAUGAUGAACAUGGGCCGUGUUGCGCAGGGCGGUCGUAACUGGGAGGGAUUCGGCACGGAUGCCUUCCUGAGCGGCGAGGCGGCGUACGAAACUACACUUGGUAUCCAAUCCGCGGGUGUACAGGCGUGCGCGAAGCAUUACAUCGACUAUGAGCAGGAGUAUAAGCGCACACAGGAGUCUUCGAACGUCGACGAUCGCACGAACCAUGAGAUCUACCUCAAGCCCUUCUUGCGCGCGGUUAUGGCUGGCACGGCCAGCGUCAUGUGCAGCUACAACAUGAUCAACGAUACCUACGCUUGCGAGAACGACAGGACGCUGAACCAGCUGCUCAAGAGUGAGCUUGGCUUCCGCGGGUACAUUAUGUCAGACUGGGGAGGACAGAUGAGCACUCUGAGUGCGAUGGCUGGUCUUGACAUGUCGAUGCCGGGAGACAUCACGCUGGGCUCCGGCAACUCGUACUGGGGCCCGAAUCUGACUGCAUUCGUCGAGAACAGCACGAUCCCUCUGUCUCGUGUAGAUGACAUGGCCACACGUAUCCUCACAAGUUACUACCUCCUCGGCCAGGACGAGAACUACCCGAAUGUGUCAUUCAAUGCGUUCAACCCGUACGACACUGAGCACAACCUAAAUGUCGACGUCCAGGCGGAUCACUACCAGAUUGUGCGCGAGAUUGGCGCACAGGGCGCAGUCCUUCUGAAGAACACGAACAACGCGCUUCCUCUCAAUGCACCGCGCAGCCUCCUCGUCGUCGGCUCCGACGCGGGAAACAACCCAAUGGGCCCGAACGGGUGCACGGAUCGUGGCUGCGACGAGGGUGUUCUGGGCAUUGGCUGGGGCUCCGGGAGUGCGAACUUCCCGUACUUGAUCUCGCCGUACGAUGUGCUGCAGGAACAAGCGCGCAUAGACGGGACGUCCAUCUCGAACUGGUACCUCGACUGGAACACGGACGGCGUCGCCGCGAUCGCGAACCUGUCGGACGUCGCGCUCGUGUUCGUGAAUUCGGACUCGGGUGAGGGAUACAUCACUGUCGACGGAAACCUGGGAGAUCGCAACAACCUGUCGCUCUGGCACAACGCGGAUAACUUGAUCAAUGCGGUCGCGUCUCAGAACCCGAACACGAUCGUCAUCGCGCACUCGGUGGGCCCGUCCAUCAUUGAGCCGUGGGUUGAGAACCCGAAUGUCACUGCCAUCGUCUGGGCAGGUGUCCCUGGCCAAGAGGCCGGCAACUCCAUCGUCGACGUCCUCUACGGCGCGUACAACCCGUCUGGGCGUCUCCCCUACACUAUCGCGAAGCGAGCUGAGGACUAUGGCGUCUUCCUCGUGCUCGGUGGCGAGGGCGACACGCUCCUGAGCAUCCCGUACGACGAGGGUCUUUUCUACGACUACCGGCGCUUCGACCAAUACAACAUCACGCCGCGGUACGAGUUCGGCUUUGGGCUGUCGUACACGACGUUCGAGUACUCAAGCCUCGCGCUGGGCAUCGUCCCGCAGUACGACCCGACCUCCUGGGACCUCGAGGCCGCGUGGGCUGAGGGCGCGCCGACGCCGCAGGGCGAGGGCUCGUCCACCGCGUUGUGGCUGCACCGGCCGUUCCUGAGCGUGGAGUUCGACCUAGAGAACACAGGCGCCCUUGCAGGCACGGAGAUCCCGCAGGUGUACGUGCACUUCCCUGCUGGCAGCGGCGAGCCGCCGAGCCUGCUCAAGGGCUUCGACACGGUGUACUUGGAGCCGGGCGAGCUGCAGUCGGUCUAUAUCACGAUUAGCAGGUACGAGCUGAGCAUUUGGAACGUGGAGGCGCAGGGCUGGCAGAAGCCGAGUGGCACGUUCACGCUGAGCGUCGGUGCGAGCUCGCGCGACUUCCGCUUGAACGGCGCGAUCCCAAUUUGAGGUGAUGAUAGAGGGACGUGUAUGUAUGUGUUGUGCUGUAAAAUGGGUACUCUGAACUGGUGCCCGAUGGACCCUCUGGACUGGACUUACAAACUGACGAGACACUAAUGGCCGUGUGGCACUGCUCCCUCAUCUUCUUGUGGUAGACGGCGUAGACAACGAUGGACUUUGUUACAUUCUUUGUCGCAUACACAUACGUUGUCGUCGUACACAUUGCAAUGCAUCAUGAUUGUUGUACUUCGCUACUUA